AUGGGCAUCGCUCAGGAGGAGUGCCGCGUGAUCUGGCCCUCGCGGCGCACCCAUGAUCUGCUCGUCAGCGUCGGAACCGGGUACACCCCCGGGACCGAGGGCGCGGGCGAUCCACCAGGUCGACGGUUUCCCGCUGGCUGGGGCCCCGCGCGGCUCUGGCGCGCAUACAAUUCGUCACCGUGCAUGGAUGGCAUGGAGGCUUACCGGGAGGGGCGGGUGCACGUCCCAUCGUCCCUGCGAUCGAACACCAUCCGCCUCGACCAUGCCCUAGACGGGGAUCUCCCGCGGCUGGAUGACGUGGGCAAGCUGGAGGAGCUGGCGGCUCUUCCGUUCACCGUACCCGAUGAGCUCGUGCGAGCGGUGCUGGCCACGUGCUUUUUCUUCGAGCUGGAUGCUCCCCCAUCGCGGGCUGACGGUCAGUAUCGCCUGCACGGCUCGAUUCUGUGUGCACGGACGCAGUCCCGACGGAUUGUAGAUCGGGUGCUGGUCGAAUUUCCCGGGGCGCGCUUCUGCAGUGGCCGGGGUCACUCAUUGGGUCGGGUGGAUGACGACGAUGGGUGUCUCCUCUGCGGCUAUUACCGCAAACAGGUGACGCUGUCGGUGCCAAGCCUGGACGAAGAGAUCACGAUUGCGCUCGCCAGCCCGGCCCAGCAGCGUCCGAUUGGCGGCUUUCCGAAGACCAUACGGCAGUUGCUGCACGAUCAACAGGCGGAGGCCGUGUUUGGGCGACCGGACCACCAGGAUCACCGCUGGCCGCCGCGGCGGUCCUGCUACUGCGUGACGAUGACCAAACGGCGGGUGCAUUUUGUGGAACCGGCGCCGCAGCGCAAGAAGCGACGGCUAUGA